AUGCGGCACAGACGGCGGAACCUCAACUUCAAGGAGAAGGAGCCAAAUUUUGAUGCCACCUUUGAUGCCACCCUGGACUUUCAGCCUUACGAUUUGCGGUGCGGCGCUGGUCAUGAUGAGGUUGUGAAAACUCCGUUAGGGCCGGAGGCUGAUAGUCCUUGUACCUUCUUUGACGGCACACUUAUGGAUGCCAAUGCUGACCCGCGCAAGUGGGCACUUCCCGAUGGGGCAGAGGAACGACAAGCUUCGCUGGUGCAUUCUUUGGACAGGGGUGUCUUCGUUUCUGGACACCUGGAUGCAGGAGUACAGCUCACUAAACACGACAGACAGGCAUUCCUGGGCGAUUUGACUUGUACACAUGCCGAGACGCGGCACACGUCCAAAGCCGCACCGGCCAAAGCACAACCGCUUCGUCGCUUCGACCCUGGGCUCCCAGAAAGCCGUGACAAAGUCGGCAGAGCUUGGCUUCAGCCUCUUUUUGCUGUAGAAGGUUGCAUGGCCAUGCAUGGGAUCUUCCAACAACAGGUUGGAGAGGACAGCAUCGCAACUACUGUGCUUGACGUUAGCUCCGAGGAUGAGCCUUCCCGGCGAAGUCCAUGCUUGCUUGCGGCACCAGCCGUGGCGGCUUCCUUUGAUGAUUCAGUUCUCCAGAUGCCGCCAGCAGAUCCCUCCAGCUUCAGCUCAGCUCUUGGUCUCGGACCGGAUGAGGAUGCCAAUUCAUGUGCAAGGCCACCGCGACUGCCACACAUGCUGAAGGACGAAGAAGAUCUCCCUUUGAGCAUGCUCUUUGCAGACUUCCCUUCGACACCCCGCUGCGCGGCGACCGGAAGCGAUGGCAGCAGCGAUGACGUCGUGGAAGUACCGCCGACGACGCCCAGGAAGGCCAGGCCCAGAAAGGCCACACCGGAGGAGACAGCAACGCCUGAGAAAACAUCACGGCCCAAGGCAUCGCCCUCGCAGGCUAUCGCCUCGACCCCCCAGAAGGCGGUCACGCCGCAGAAGACGCUGGAAGCCUGGUUCUCCCCCAAAGGAUCUCCGAAGCAAAGGCGAAGAUCGCCUGAGCCUCGGGCAAAAGCCAAGCAGAAGCGAAAAACUUUGGCCCAGAGCCUGAAGGACAGGCAGAAGGCGAGAACGACCUACGACAAGGAGGCAAAAGCAGCCGCCAGAGCCGAGGCCCGCAAAGCCAAGGUUGCAGAGACUGAGCAGCUUCUCGCAGACACCAUCCGCAGCGACCGGAAUUUGUAUGAGAAGCUGCUUUGUUUUGAGCUCAUGGAGAUAGAAGAGCUGGCCGAAAGGAUUCGCUCAGCGAAUGACCAGCUACGUUCUGUCGGCCGGAAGCGCAUCCGGGACUUCCUCGAGGCCCAGGGCUUCGUAGUCACACAACAGAGGAAGAUUCCAAAGGAGGUCUUCCAGAAAGGAUACAGAGGUGAAGAAGUGAGGCAACUGGCAGUAGCCACUCAGCCCAAGAGCGUGGAGUCCCCGACCUCGUCGCCACCAUCGUUUUCAAACUCUUCCUGGUCCGAGGUUUCUUCCCCGUUGCUGUCGCCACUCCCUUCUCCGGCCGAGUCCCGUGCGCCUUCGCCCCGGAAGCGGCUGCUCUCAGGCGAUGAUGCGACGUCUUCCGCAAGCUUCAGCACUGCCGACACGAUUUGUAAGGUCGAGGUGGAGCUCGUAGAGGAGCCGUCUGCACCCGUACUGGGGUGGGCGAAAGUGUCAUCACCCUGCGCCUGGAUGGAGGUUGACCUAGACAACGAACUCGCGCGAGCGAAGGACCACAACAACUGGUGGGCAAAGCUGUCGGGCGAGUUUCGGCAAGCCACUUCCUGCGUUCGAGCGGAGCGGCGCCGCACCCUCGAGCGCUACGAAGCGGUUGCCGCCAUGUGGCGAGAGCUGAGCGUGGACAACGAGGUGUUGCACACCAUCCUCGGAUACGGGACUGAACGAGCAACUAUGGUGAUUGUCCACCAGACAGCGCCAACAUUUCACGGACUGCGCCACUUCACUUUCUCGAAAGAUCGCUGUCAUCUCUUGCUGGCGCAAGGCUCGAAGGCCAUUGCGUACCUUCACGAGAACGGUGUGACCCACGGACAUCUUUGCCCAGAAAGCUUUCUGAUGGACGAGACGAGCUUAGAGCCUCGUGUGAGACUGGCAUGGACCCCCGGUCAACGCCGGAAUGAAGGGCAUGCCCCUGCCACUUUUGGUUUCAAAGGUCCCGGUGAGGACGCCACUCCCCCCAGCGACAUUUGGUCCUUCGGCUGUGUGGUGCUGGUGUGGUUUGCGAACUUCAAGCCGGCGCCCCAUCCUUGGUUUCAGUUCGCCAAGAGCCACCGGCUGAAGGAGGCCAUCCAGACCGCUCUGGCACAGAAUCCGCCUGAGCUUCCCAAAGCUUACUUCGAUCUCCACCUGGCGGCGUCGGAAGCAGAAGAGGGUGACACACAUCUCGCCCUGGCGGUGCAGAUGUGUACGAGGUGCUUGGAACAUGACCCGCUCGAGCGGGCAUCUGCUGACGACUUGGUGCUGGAAGCAUCCAGUGCUGGACAGGAGUGUCGCUAA